AUGACGCGCGUUCUCUGCGUGGCCGAAAAGCCUUCGAUUGCAAAAGCAGUCGCAGGACAUCUCUCCGGCGGCUGUUACCAAACGAACAACACACGCGAUAAGUACAUCAAGAAUUACUCGUUCGACUUCGACUUUGGGGCGCCAUGGGGACACUGCUCUGUGACCAUGACCGCCGUCAAGGGCCAUCUCACUGCCGUCGAGUUUCCGGGAGAUUACAAGCAAUGGGAAUAUCCACCACCAGACCGGCUAUUCGACGCGCCGGUAUUGACGGUGAUUCCAGAUAUGCUGAUGCCUGCUCAGGACAACAAGUCCAUCGCCAAGAACAUCGAGGACCAAGCGAGACGCGCCAGUGUCUUGGUCAUCUGGACUGAUUGCGAUCGCGAGGGCGAACAUAUUGGUAGCGAGAUCAGGGAUGCAGCGAGGAAGGGCAACGCUCAAAUCCAAAUCAAGAGAGCCCGGUUCAGCAACGUCGAGAGAGCACACAUCCUGUCCGCCGCUCGGCACCUGGUUUCUCUGGACGAGAAGCAAGUAGACGCCGUCUCGGCACGCAUCGAGCUCGACCUGAGGAUUGGCUACGCCUUCACUCGUUUCUUAACUCUGAACCUUCGCCCGCUUGGGGGACCCUUGUCGCAGCUCACGCUCAGUUACGGGUCCUGCCAGUUCCCGACCCUCGGCUUCGUCGUGGACAGGUAUUUCCGCGUCAAGAACUUUGUACCCGAGCCCUUUUGGGGCAUCAAAGUGAUGCACGAGCGGGACAGGAUCAAGGUCAACUUCAACUGGUCAAGACACCGAUUAUUUGACCGCAUGUCAGUCGUCAUUCUUUACGAGCGAUGUCUCGCGGCGAGGACCGCAAAGGUCACCAAGGUUCAGGAGAAGCCAACCAGAAAAUGGAAGCCUCUCCCGCUCACCACCAUCGAACUGCAAAAGAUGGCCACUCGGUUCCUGCGCAUGACCGGUCAGCAGGCAAUGACGGUCGCCGAGAAGCUAUACAACAAGGGCUUCAUCAGCUACCCGCGCACCGAAACCGACCGCUUCGACAAGGGGAUGGAUUUGCGCGCCCUCGUCCGGAAACAAACCCAGGACAACCGCUGGGGCCCCUUCGCGCAGGGCCUCGUCGACGGCGGCUUCCAGCAACCGCGUCAGGGCCGACACGAUGACAAAGCCCACCCACCGAUCCACCCCAUCACCUACGCCGCGCCGACCGCCCUCGACGACAACGAACGGCGUGUCUACGAGCUUGUCACGCGGCGCUUCCUGGCCUGCUGCUCCGAGGACGCCCAGGGCAUGGCAACCGACGUCGAGGUCCUUUACGGCGACGAGUCCUUCACCGCACGCGGCGUCAUCGUGCUCGAGCGCAACUACCUCGACGUGUAUCCCUACGAGAACUGGACCGGCACUGCCGAGCUGCCGAGAUUCAGCGUCGGCGAGCGCUUCGAGCCCUCCGAGGCCAUGAUCACCGAGGGUAAGACCGGCCCCCCGGGCUACCUCACCGAAGCCGAUCUCAUCGCGCUCAUGGACGCCAAUGGCAUCGGCACCGACGCCACCAUGGCCGAGCACAUUGAGAAGAUCCAGGAGCGGCAGUACGUCAGGACCGUGGAGCGCGGUGGCGGCGGCGGGAACCCGGCCGGAGACGACGACGACGCUAACAAUGAGGCCGAGGCUCCUGUAGGCAGAGGCGGGCGCGGACGGGGGAGGGGGCGCGGCGGCCGCGGAGGCGCACGGGGCGGGCGUGGGGGCGCGGCGCCAGGCCGGGGCCGGGGCGGCGUGAGGGAAUUUAUACCCACCAGUCUCGGAGUCGCCCUGAUCGACGGGUUUGACAGGAUGCACUUUGAGACAAGCCUGGGCAAGCCGUUUCUCCGCAAGGAGAUGGAGCUCAAGAUGAAGGCCAUUUGCGAGGGGCGCACGACCAGGCAGGCCGUCCUGCACGAGAGUCUGGGCGAGUACCGCCAGGUCUAUGAGCAGUCACGGGCCGAGCUCAAUAUCCUCAAGGCAGCUUGCAGGCAGUAUGUCUUCCAGAACGGAGUAUGA